GGGGCCCCGGGCGGCCUCGGUGCGGCUGGACCAUGGAGCUCGGGACGCGGCCAGGGCGCCGCCGGCGGAUCUGCGGGCCGCUUUACGUUUGAUUGCUGUUACUCCUGAUAACUGAGCCAAACUGGUGAUGCUACCCAAGUUUCUGCAAUUCAUAAGUCAACAAUUACAUGAUACCUGGUACCUGUGAUUCCUGAGCUUUUUGGGUCCCCCCCACACACCUGGAGUUCAGAUUGUGAGCCAUGCCUUUAGUGAAGAGGAACAUCGAACCCCGGCACUUGUGCCGCGGGGCUCUGCCGGAAGGGAUCCCCAGCGAGCUGGAGUGUGUUACCAACAGCACGCUGGCUGCCAUCAUACGCCAGCUGAGCAGUCUGAGCAAGCACGCUGAAGACAUAUUUGGUGAGUUGUUUAAUGAAGCUAACAGCUUCCACAUCAGAGCAAAUUCUCUUCAAGACAGAAUUGAUCGCCUUGCUGUCAAAGUCACCCAGCUGGACUCCACAGUGGAAGAGGUGUCACUACAGGAUAUCAACAUGAAGAAAGCUUUCAAAAGUUCCACCAUCCAAGACCAGCAAGUGGUUUCGAAGAACAGCAUUCCCAAUCCUGUUGCUGACAUUUACAACCAGAGUGACAAGCCUCCGCCUCUGAGCAUCCUGACACCUUACAGAGAUGAUAAGAAGGAUGGACUAAAGUUCUAUACUGAUCCUUCCUAUUUCUUCGACCUCUGGAAAGAAAAAAUGCUACAGGACACGGAAGACAAGAGGAAGGAGAAGCGGCGCCAAAAGGAGCAAAAACGUGUAGAUGGCACCACCCGUGAGGUGAAAAAGGUUAGAAAAGCCAGAAACAGGCGCCAGGAGUGGAAUAUGAUGGCAUAUGACAAGGAGCUUAGACCCGACAACAGGUUGUCUCAGAGCGUGCACCAUGGAGCGUCUUCCGAGGGAUCUCUGUCCCCAGACACUAGGUCUCACGCCUCAGAUGUUACAGAUUACUCUUAUCCGGCUACCCCCAACCAUUCUCUGCACCCACAACCGGUGACCCCUUCCUACACAGCUGGGGACGCGCCACUCCACGGAGCCACAAACCAGGCCUCUGAGCACGAGUACCGGCCCUCCUCUGCCUCGGGGAGGCACAUGGCCCUCAACAGACCUCAGCAGCCGCCGCCCCCUCCUCCUCCCCAGGCCCCAGAGGGGUCCCAGGCCUCUGUGUCAGUGGCUCCAGCGGACUACGGCAGGCUCCCGGCACAGAUGAUUGAAUAUUACAGCCCUUCAGGACCUCCACCGCCGCCCCCUCCCCCCAUCAUCCCCUCGGCACAAACUGCCUUUGUCAGCCCUCUCCAGAUCCCCACACAGCCCCAGGUCCCCGCCUCCGCCGGCUCCGCAUACUCCUCCCCUCCUCACCAGCCCUCCAGCGGGCUCCUGGCUGUGGCACCACCACCUCCAGGCCCCCCACCUCCCCCACCAGGCCCUCCUGGCCCCAGCUCUUCUCUUUCAUCCUCCCCAAUGCAUGGACCCCCCGUGGCUGAGGCAAAGCGUCCAGAACCUACGCAGCCACCCAUCAGUGAUGCACGAAGUGACCUCCUUGCUGCCAUCCGGAUGGGGAUUCAGCUGAAGAAGGUGCAGGAGCAGCGCGAGCUGGAGGCCAAGCGGGAGCCCGUGGGGAACGACGUGGCCACCAUCUUGUCCAGGCGCAUCGCCGUGGAGUACAGCGACUCGGACGACGACUCCGAGUUUGACGAGAACGACUGGUCCGACUGAGCGGCAGAGCAGGCGGCGGGUGGACGCCGGGCACCGCGUGGAAGGGCGUUGGGGUGGUGUGGUCUCUGCACCCACAGAGUGAGGUCCUAACCCUGUAGCUUAGCACCUUUUCUAUUAACAGUGUGACAUUGCUUCUGCACAUCCAAACUUCUGGGUUUUCUCAGUACUUACUGUGUAAUACUUAAGUGCCACUAAGCAGCACAUUGUGCUCACACGGGGAAAUUGGCUGUAACUAGUGCAUCGUCCUUCAGACAGCAUCUUGCUUCCCUCUCGGCCAUGAGAGCCUUUACUCCUAGUGACCCUGUGAUUGUGUGUCUGUGAAACUCCCCGGUGCUGGGUCUUUACACUAGCGGCCGUGUGUCCGGUGACGUCUUCCAGCCAGCCAGCAGCCCUGCCGUACCGCACGCUUCUCUCUCUCUUUACUCGACGUGUCUCGGAAGAGUUUGGUUCUAGAGGGAAAGCUCUAACAAAUCAGGAGAAAAGGGCGUUCCCUCAUUCGGUUUCUUGGCUUGGCGGCCUCUGAUUGAAUCUGUGUGUUCCCUUGAAUAAUGUCAUUGCCUUUGCACUGUCCAGGCAGGCAGGGGUACCUGUGGGCCCUCCUUCACCUGCUGACUUUUAGAGGAGGGGGCAGCAGCUCGGUAGUGAUGCAAAUUGCAAAUGAAGUCCUUUCCCUUCAGAGACCAUCGAGACGCCCGCACAGCCCUGACUGCCCGCUCGGGCGCGGGACAUCCGGGCACUCAGCAUUUGCUGGCCAGAGCUGCCUCAUUAAGGAUGUGCCCUCAUUCCAUGGCCUGGGAGCACGUCCUGUGUGAGGCCACCGGAGAUCUGAGCUCCUCGGUUCAUAGUGGAGAAUAUAAAUCGGCCCUCAUUCCACUUGCUCUGAGUUCUGAGAGCUUAGGGUCAGUGACAGAUGCUGUCAGCUGCCCGCUUUCCACGGUGCCGCGGCUUGGGAAGCUGCAGUCAUGUGAGCAGGGCCUGUGCCCUGUCCCGGAAGCACAUGGUCGUCUUCUCUCAUAUUGUUAGCACAUUCGAGUUUAAAGAGUACCUCACAAGAUGACCCUGACUCACCCCAUUGCCAUGACAGAGCACCCUGAUUCCCCUCUGCCCACCCCCAUGGUGAUCCCACAACCCUAGCUCAGGUAGGCACCAGGGAUUCCAGGAGGACGGUAUCUGGAGUGUGAAAUUCUGGAUGGACAGCUGCUUGCUUAGAAUAAUCCUGACGUCCCCAGGCUUGGAUUCAGGGUGUGACCUGCCAGGUGUGUUAGGACACUCUGCUUCCAGUAGAUGAAGGGAAGGACCUGGAGUUGGGCCUUUUGUGUGAGAGGGUAGAAAAUGUCUGGCGGACAGUAAUAGGGUGCUUUUUAUGAGUUCUGGGGACAUCAGCCAGCUGCCCAAACCCCUUCCUGUGUGAGUGGACUCGUGACCUUGUGCAUUUGUCCUCUGUCACCCACCAUACAAGGUUUUAGUUCCAUAGAUCUUGACAUCAAACGCCCCAGAUUCGGCAGCCUCUUCCCCCGGGCUGCCGUGGCCUGAGCGGAGUCCUCUCCACUGCCCAGCCGCCUGGCUCAUGCUUCGAGUGCUCACUGUACAGCCUGGGCCCUCGGCCACCUUGGUUUUCUGCAGAUUAGUACUUAUUAUGAGUUUUAUAUUUCUUCUUUAAUUUGUUUUUCUCCAACUUGGAUAUCUAUGGUGUUGCCAGUGUUCUAAAGAUUUUGAACAUUUUCAGUCUUAUUUGACCCUUACAAUAGUUUGCCUUCCUUGUUACUUUGGUGUUUGGCGUGUUCCAUAUAACUUAAAAUCAACCUUUGCUUUAUGGGGCCCCUGUGUCCUCAGGAUGGAGGAAAUACAUUCAACCCAUCAGCCGUGCCAGGAUUUCUCCUACUCAACAUCGCAUCGCAGUACAGUUAGUGGCACCUUAUUCAUAAAUAUUCAUGAGCUUAUUAAUUGUUAGUUGUCUUUCUGUAGUUUAAUUAACAAGUUAUUUUUAGUUUGAUUUCAUGACUAGUGAGAAAGCUUUUGCCUGUUGUACUCUAUAACUUCUAAAGAAUGGAAAAUGACUAAAAUCCAAUUUAGAUUAUUUUUAGAGUAUCUUUCCAACAAAUUUGAUUUUAGUCUAAAAUUUAAAUCCAGGUCUCUCCUACUGUGGUAUUGCACACACAAAAAAAAAAACAGAGUCUGAAUUUUCAUUUUCAAAAAGUCUUUACCAAAACAAAUAGAGAACAUUAUUGAAUAGCAUAUUUAAUUUAUAUAUGCUUUGAGUACAGUUAGAAAGUCUAAGAUUAUUUUAUCCCCAGCUUUAUUGCUUCAUAUGUGUUUUUCGCUGAGUAUCUGGCAAAUCUUUCUUAUAGUAUAUACAGACAUGGGCACAUGAAUGGAUGGAUGGGAAGAUGCCUAAAUCUCUGUCACUGUAGUACUAUGUGGCUAAGAAGGCAAGUGGUUGUGCAUGGUUAACACCAAACGAUGGUACUUAUUUGAUACUUAUAUUUUCAUUUACUAAGGAUACUAUUAGAAAUUUAUGUCUUUAUUUCAGUACAUUUUUAGCACAUCAAAAAAUCUUUGAGUACAGAGUGACUAGGCUGUGAAAGAUUUUGUAAUCUUUGCACCUGAAAGACAUGAUACAUUUUAAUCCAUUAAAGACUAGUGGGAAUGUAUCAGGGUAGCAAAUAAUUUUUGUUUAUGAAGCAGAGUAUCUGUUAUCUUGCAGUAUUAUCAAUUCAGUUGUAAGAUGAAUUUAAAGUGAAUUAAAAAAUCCUGUCAAAAAUUUUUAUCUGUUUAUAUAUCUUACUAUUAAUUACAAGUAACAUAUAAAUAAAAUUAUACUUUAACCCUA